AUGGAUAAGAAAGAGGUUGAGGCUAACCUGGAGGUCAAAGGAAAUACCAAAGGGUUCCCACUAAAAUUCCUUUUGGAAAGAGCUUAUACCUUGUUGAAAGUGGAAAGUUGGGAUGCUUGUUACACUGCUAUCGCUUUGGCUAUCUAUGGCAUCAUAUUAUUCCCAAAUAUUGAUGGUUUUGUAAACAUGGCCACUAUUAGCGUCUUCCUCACCGAAAAUCGAGUGCCUACCAUGUUAGCAGAUGUUUAUUACUACAUGAUCCAUAUGUAUACGAAGAAAAAGGGAAUGAUUUCUUGUUGUGCUCCUCUCUUAUACCAGUGGUUCUUAGAGCAUCUUCCAAAGACAAGUGUUUUUAUGGAACAAACAAACACUAGUUGGCCUCAGAGGUUUGGAUCACUCCGAUCUUAUGAUGUUUCUUGGUAUUCCCAGGAAUAUAUUGGUAUGGACAUUAUAUUCAGCUGUGGGGACUUCCCCAAUUUACCACUCAUUGGAACUCAAGGGCGUGUCAACUCUAGCCCGGUUUUAUCAAUAAGACAACUUGGGUACCCAAUGGAAGGUCCCCCAGAUGCAAUCUCCUUGGAAGCCUUUUUGAUGCUUGACUUAGGGGUUGAUAAUCCUAGCCUAUUCCAAAGGAUUAGAAAGGCUUGGAAAAAGGUCAAUCGAAAAGGAAAAUCUGAUUUAGGGAGGAUUAAUAGGAUCACUAAAGAACCAUACUUUCAAUGGGUAAAGGAAAGGGAGGAGGUAAUCAAAAUGCCAUUCAUCAUUAGGAUACCUGUACCUCUUCCUGAGCCUAAACCCACUCAUGUACCUAUUGAGGAGGUUGAGGAACUCAAGGUCACCAUGGCAAGACUAGAGAAAGAAAAUGAAGAGCUGAGGUUGAAAAUCUAA